GUCAUCGAUGAUGAAGAUCUCCAGUUGGCCGCCCAAAUUGAAAAGGAGCGCAAGGAGAGACGAGCUCAGAAGCUGAAGGAAAAGCGGUUAAAAGAAGGAAAAACUCCAAAGAAGACACCUGCCAAAAAACGACCACCAAAAAAAGAGGAGGAUGACAGUGAUGAGGAAGAAGAAUCUCCGAAAAAAUCUGCUAAAAAGAAACAAGAGAAGGCCAGAAAGAGAAGAAAGUCAAGCUCUUCUGAAGAGGUGGAAGAUGAGGAGGAGAGAAGAAGUUCCAGAAAAAAGAAGACAGAUAAGAAGAAGAAGAAGGCGGAAUCUUCUGAAUCCGAAGAGUCUUCUGAUGAGGAGGAAGAAGUGAAGAAACCUAAGAAGAAGACGCCAUCGAAGAAAAACAGAAAGGCAGAAUCAUCGGAGGAGGAGGAGUCAGAUGAAGCACCGAAGAAGCAGAAGAAGUCGAUGAGUCAGAAGAAGAAGCGCGUUGCCAAGGAGUCGGAGUCAGAUGAAGAGGAGGAGAAGUUGGAAAGGAAGAAGAAGUCUCAGAAGAAGAAACAUCAAAAGGAAUCUUCUGAUGAGGAAGAAGAAGAGGAGAAGGUGGAAAAGAAGAAGAAGAAGGCACAGAAGAGAAGGCAGAAAGAAUCAUCUUCGGAAGAGGAGGAAGAUGAGGAAAAGAAGGUACAGAAGAAAAAGCAGAAGGAACCAUCUUCAGAGGAAGAAGAAGGGGAGGAGUCUGAAAAUGAGCCAGUGAAGAAGUCCGAUUCUGAAUCGGACGAAGUGACAAUGCCAAAAUUAAAGAAGAAUCAAUCUGCGAUUGUGGAUGAGUCGGGAGAGUCUGAUCUCGAAGUGAUGCCAAAGCCUCGGAAGAGAGGAGCCGUAGUGAUCUCGGAGUCGGAUGAGGAGAAGCCAAUGAAGAAGAAAGUGGAAUCUGAAGAUGAAAGUUCGGAUGACGAUAGGAAAGUCAAAAAGAAUAAUAAGAAGAAGACCGUUUCCGACUCAGAAGACGGAGAAUUUUCCGAUGCGUCGAUCAAUGUCACUCGCAAGAAACGUGGAUCGAAAAAGGAGAAGCCAGAGAAAAAGAAGAAGGGUAUCAUCAUGGACAGCUCGGAUCUUGCCAAAGAGACCAUCGACGCAGAGAAUGCAGAGAAAGAACGCAGAAAGCGUCUAGAGAAGAAGCAAAAAGAGUUCAAUGGAAUAGUGCUGGAAGAGGGAGAAGAUCUCACAGAAGUUCUCACUGGAACAUCUUCUCAGAGAAAGCUCAAGUCGGUGGUUUUGGAUCCAGAUGCGGCAAGUGAGGAUCCAAAGACUCCAGUAGAGGUUCACCAAUCGCUGGUUAGCAUUUUGAAGCCUCAUCAAGCGCACGGAGUUCAGUUUAUGUACGAUUGUGCAUUCGAAUCGAUAGAGCGUCUGAAUACAGAAGGAUCCGGGGGUAUUCUGGCACAUUGCAUGGGUCUCGGUAAAACUCUUCAAGUUAUCACAUUCCUUCACACUGUUAUGAUGCAUCCGAAGAUAGGAGAAAAGUGUCGACGGGUGUUGGUUGUUGUGCCCAAAAACGUUAUUAUCAAUUGGUUUAAAGAGUUCCAAAAGUGGUUGUAUGACAAUGACGAAGAACUAGACACCAUUGAAGUCAACGAGUUGGAUUCAUACAAGACUGUCGAGGAGAGAAGACGUGUGCUUCAGGCAUGGCAUAGGUCUACAGAUCCAAGUGUGAUGAUCAUCGGAUACGAUAUGUUCCGUAUUCUGACAGUGGAGGAUGAUCCGAAAAAGAAGAAAACCAAGUUGAGCAGAAAAAUGUCCAAGGCCAAAGAGGACUUCCGAAAGUAUCUUCAGGAUCCAGGACCGGAUAUGAUCGUUUGUGACGAGGCUCACAAACUGAAGAACGAUGAUUCGGCGUUGUCAAAGUGUAUGGUGAAGAUUCGGACGAGACGACGAAUCUGUUUGACAGGAACCCCACUGCAGAAUAAUCUCAUGGAGUAUCACUGCAUGGUGAACUUUGUGAAGCCAGGAUUGCUGGGAACGAAAACCGAGUUCGCCAAUCGAUUUGUGAAUAUUAUCAAUCGAGGACGUACCAAGGAUGCGUCGGCUCUCGAAGUGUCAUUCAUGAAGCGUCGUUGCCACGUGUUGUAUGAUCACUUGAAGAAGUGUGUGGAUAGAAAAGACUAUCGAGUCUUGACAGAAGCCAUUCCGCCGAAGCAAGAAUAUGUGAUCAACGUGCGUCUUACCGAGAGACAAUGUGAACUUUAUAAAGCCUUCCUGAGCGAUGUCGUUGGCGAUACUGGACUCUCGAAACGUCUUCUACCGGAUUAUCACAUGUUCUCUCGGAUCUGGACCCAUCCUCAUCAGCUUAUCAUUCAUGAGCAACGAAUGGAAAGAGAACGAGUGAUGAAAGAGGAGCAGGAGGAAGAGGAGGCCUUCAUUGAUGACGACGAAUCUGAACCCGAGGAAUCUGUAGUGAGCCUCUCAUCAGAAUCAGAAGAAUCAUUUUUGGCGUCUGACGAUGAUGAGGAUUCGGGGAAGAAGAAGAAGAACAAGAAUAAGAAGAAUAGAAAGAGCUCUCCGCCUGCACGCAAAUCGAGACGAGCUGGUGGAGCUGACGAAGAGGAGGAUGACGCUGCUAUGAAUAUUCUUCAACAAGGAAUCCGUGCGUCACGUCGUCUGGCGGGAGAGGAUGUCGAUGAGCGUGAGUGUGAUACACCUCCAGAAUACACUGGAUGGUUUUCCAAGUUGGGAUUGUGCAGUGAAGAGGAUAAAGAUGACUUCUCGUUGAGCAACAAACUUGUUCUUCUCAUGGCGAUUAUCAAGAAGUGCGAGGAGAUUGGAGACAAGUUACUCGUUUUCUCGCAAUCCCUUGAGUCAUUGGCAUUGAUUCGAAGAAUGCUUGAGUACAUGGCAGGCACUGGUCAAUGGUUUUCUGAUGAUCACGAAGCUUUGAACGCCGAAGGAGAGACAUGGUCAUGGCUAGAAGGAGAAGACUAUAUGACUAUUGAUGGAUCCGUGCAGUCUGUGAAACGAGAUGCCGUACAGACACAAUUCAAUGAUCCAGAGAACUUGAGAGCUCGUUUGAUGCUCAUUUCUACUCGCGCCGGAUCGCUUGGUACCAACAUGGUUGCCGCAAAUCGUGUCGUCAUCUUCGACGCUUGCUGGAAUCCAUCUCACGACACUCAAUCUCUGUUCCGUGUCUAUCGUUUCGGCCAAACGAAACCCGUCUAUAUCUACCGAUUCAUUGCUCAGGGAACGAUGGAAGAACGUAUUUACAAACGACAGGUCACCAAAGAAUCCACGUCGAUGCGUGUGGUGGAUGAAGCACAGAUUCAACGGCAUUAUCUCGGUCACGAUUUGACUGAACUCUAUCAAUUCACACCUGCCGCUUAUGAUCCGGAUGUUGAGAUAGCGUGUGCUCCGCCGAAGGAUCGUUUGCUGGCUGAUGUGAUUCAUCAGAAUCAAUUCGCAGUCGUCGACUACAUUGAGCAUGACACACUGUUUGCCAACGUGGAAGACGAGAAGCUCACCGAGCAAGAGAUGAAGGACGCCUGGACUGACUAUGAGAAGGACAAGGCUGGCGUCCCGCAACGUCUUCCAUACGAUCCAUCGGCGCUGCGUGGAAUCGGUCUGAAUGGAAUGAUCGUCGGGCCACACAUGCAAGCUAUGCUCCAACGACAACAAACAGAGAUAAUGCAUGUCGAGAAUCUACAGCACGAUGUUCUGUUCAAGGAAUUGAACAAGAUGCGAACCAAGGAUAGUAGUACCGCGCUGAAAAUUGUGCUUCUUCGAACGCUUCUCGAGCAAAUUCUGCCGUACAUACCACAGCAAAUGCGUGGUGGGAUGAGCGAAUUCAACACACACUUCAUUCGUUUGGCACAUGAUGCCGACCGUCGCGGUGAGACUCAAGCAGAUUUGCUCCGAAAGUCUCUGGAAUCCUUCAGAACUGUUAUCAAAAUGGUGCGUCCUAUUCCCCAGUGUGCUGAGCCUCUUGCUCGUAUUCAACGAGCCUAUCCUUAUCUCUUC